AUGAAUACUAUUUUCGCUCACGCCCAUACUGAGAAUCAACAGAGACUCUUCGAGGCCUUGCGCCGCAUCUCUGAGGAGAGCGACGAGCACGGAGGCUCUAAAGCCUUCCCUCACCACAUGCUUGAUAACUCAGCACUUUAUUCCGAAGAGUUUUUUCUCUCAGACUCCGGUUUCGUGUCUCCAAUCAGCAAGGACGACAAUUCCGACAUCACUGGAAUGGCUCUUGAUUUCCAAGAUACGCCUGACACUUCGCUCACAUUCGACCCGCUAUGUGCUGCCUCCUACGAUGAACGUCUUCAAGUGGACCGAAAUGGAACAAAAGUCGGCGAAGAUGCCACGGCGACCGCCAUCCUUCCAAUGUCCUUGCUCUCCGACCUAUCUGGUUCCAUUGGCAUGUAUGCCUCUUCUCCAAUCCCUUGCCCUCAGGACGCUCCCGCCAAUGCUGCCGUUUUCGCUGCUGCUAUGACUGCCGCUAUGAUAAUGGAACGCACUGAUGCUUCUGGUAAGCGUCCAAGGUCCAUGUCCCCGGAGACGGCUGAUGAAGACUACCUCGGUGACAAUGACACAGACGAAAACAACAUGGAGGAGACAUACGACAUCAUUACAGAAUCUAGCUCAGACAAUUCAGAGACUACAUUUCACGUGUCCGCCGAUUCAAGUGUCGUAGGGGGCAGUCCACGAAGUGUCUUACCCACGAGAAAGACGCCACACGAGGUACCAUCACCCCUUGCAAGGAAUGGGAGAUACAAUCAACAGACUUCCCGCCCUACCACUGGAAGGAUGUCCUUAACUGGAACGUUUCAGAGAAACAGCUCGCGGGCUCCUGUACGUCGUGGCGGCUCCUCACCAAGAGUUCCUGAUGUGCAAGAAAUGAAGGCAUGCUCUUCCGGUAACGUCGAUUCUUCGCCAAGCGCCAUCCUAUCCCGCAAGCGCAGGGCUGAAGCUAUGGAACGUUUCCGACGCAAGAAGGCUGUGAGGUGUUAUGGAAGGCGUGUGCGCUACCAGAUUAGGAAGAGAAUUGCUACAACAAGACCCCGAGUCAACGGCAGGUUUGCCAGGCGAGCUGACGCUGAAUCCAAGGCAGCAUCUACAGCUGCACGACAGUGA